CUGGGUGACAGUAUCCGGGAGGGUGGGCUCGGCCUGGGAGGGCGGGAGCCGCAUGGAGUGGUCGGGCUGAGAGAGACAGAGAGAGAGAGUCCGAGCACUGGGCCCCCGCAGCUCAACGGUGUGUACCCGCGGGGAGGGUUUUGCAGGCGCCGCCGCUCUCCGCUGGCCCCAUGGUUUUCCUCAGGUGUUUCCCGCCCCCGGCCGAGGGAGUCAGGCUCCAACAGUCCGAGAUCGCGGCGGUUCUGGAUGGCAAGGGCCUGGGCACCGGUACUUUGUACAUCGCCGAGAGGAUCUACACCAUUGGUGAAGUUUGGUCUUUCAUCCCAGUCUGUGUGGGAAUAAUUCUGCAUCUUUUGUACUGCACACAGUUAGUGACACAAGAAUGCCAGCGGCUGCUAUUUAAAAGUUUUUCUUUUCUUGGUGUAUUUUUUCGUUCAUCAAGCCGACUAUCUUGGUUUGAUGGAUCUGGAAUGGGAUUCUCCUUGGAAUAUCCAACCAUCAGUUUACAUGCUGUGUCCCGAGAUGCCACUGUUUAUCCGCAGGAGCACCUGUACGUGAUGGUGAAUGCCAAGCUAGGAGAGGAAUGUAAAGAAACAAAUAUGGAUGAAAAGGCACCUGGCGGAGAGGAGGAAGAUGACGAUGACACUGAUCCAAUCACAGAGGUUCGAUUUGUGCCGGUUGAUAAAACAGCUUUGGAGCCAAUGUUUACAGCGAUGUGCGACUGCCAGGCCCUGCAUCCUGACCCAGAUGACACUGACUCAGAGAAUGAUUUUGAGGAGGAUGAUGAAGAGGGAGAGGAAUAUGAUGUGGAAGCACAUGAACGAGGACAAGGAGAUGUUCCCACAUUCUACACAUACGAGGAAGGCUUCUCCCAUUUGAACCCUGAGGGACAGGCGACUCUGCAGAGACUCGAAGGCAUGUUAGCUCAGUCAGUCAACCAACAGGCCUUUCAUAUGGCUGGGGUGCGGACAGAAUCUUCAGCAGUCGACACUGAAGAUGGGAUGGAGGUGGAUGCUGCUCCAGUAGAGGCCGGACAGUUUGACGAUGCUGACGUUGAUCACUGACGGGCCUCAAGAAUUGGCAAGUGUUUCUAACUAACGAAGACUGCAUCUCAUCGUGACGCGACAGUGGUUGACCUGAUUAAUGGAAGCUUAAUAAUUAACGUUUGGAAGAAAACAAAAUAGACAGCUGCCUAACCUGGUUUAUAUGUAACAAAACUGUUGGGGGGGGGGGUGUAAAAUGUGUCCUGUACUGACAGCUACCACUUAAAUUGCUCAGUAUAAAGUUGGGAUGCGCGAUGCUUAAUAUAGUGCUGUUUUCAUAUAGUGUACGUCACGUUUUGUGUCGACGCGUGUUUGCAAGAUUACGAUGUUAAGUAAAACCUCUUUUUGUACUGAGUGGAUAACUGAUUCUCAGCUGCUUUUUGAGUCUCUUAUUUGGGGGACCUGGAGAGGGGGCUCGUGAGAAUGAGAGUGCCCCAGUUUAGGGCAGAUUUUCUGAUUGUAUUUUUUUGCCAUGUAAGUAAAGGGCAAUAAUAUAGUUCAAAAAUGUUUUAAAACUAAAAUGUUAAUCCUAACAACAGUUAAAAUAGCUGGUCAACAAUUGUAUUUGGAUUUUAAAAAAAAACUACCGACUUUUUUUUUAGGGGAAAGUGAAUAAAUUGCAAAAUUUGUACCUCCACAGCUGAAGGCGAAUUAAAAUACAAAACUCU